AAGUAGUCCGUGUAGACGACGACUCGUUUGCGAUAUUUCUUGAACUAGAAUUAAUAUGAAUUAGCCGUGCAAUGAAUCAAGAAGACGACGUGAAACCUUCAACGUCGAAAGACGGACGGAGAGCUUCUGACAGUGGGUAUGUUAUUAGAAACAGACGGGGUAAGAAAAGGGGAAUCGCAUAUGGAAAGAAAUCCAACGAGCCUCAAAACGUUGGAGUGAUACAAACGACUCUCAGCGAAGUUUCAAGUGAAAGUGGAGAAAAAAGGGAUAUUGUGCUUAUCGGUCAAAGCGUUGAUGAUAGUGAAAACGUAUUAGUUGAAGGCAGUUAUGUAAUGAGUGAACCGUUUAUGAUUACCCGGGAUGGACAGAUGAUAUCACCUCCUGAAAUAGAAGAACCAAUUACACCGCCUGUAACAGUUAAGAUAAAAGAAUGUUCUAAAAAUAAAGAAGAAUCGCCAAGUGAAAAUAUUACUUCUUUACCGCAACGUAAAUUGGAACAGUUACCAAAGACUGCUGAAACCUAUGAACUGGAAAAAUUUUCAAAGAAUGUAUUGUUGAUAUUUAAUCAAGAGAACGUUAAUGGUUAUAGACAAAGAUAUGGCACGGAACAAGACGUUACAGAACUUGAGAGGACAUUUUCUAAUUUUGGCUUUGAUGUAAUUAAGAGACAUGAUUUCACGAAGAAAGAGAUCGAGAAGGAAUUAAAGGAAUUUUGUAGUCAAGAUUUUACGGAUUAUGGAUGCGUGGGAGUGGUUGUCUUAACCCAUGGUACAUAUAACGGUCUCAUACGCGCUAAAGAUGAUCAGUACAGUGAACUCCUAAUCCUCGAUUAUUUGAAAGGGGACAAACAGUCUACACUUAUCACUAAGCCAAAACUUGUUAUUAUACAGGCUUGUAGAGGCGGUGAAGAUAUAAAAGCUGUAAAUGUUUCCGCGACAACUCAAGCGAAGACCCGAAAAGACUUUGAUGAAGAGAUUGAACCUUACACAUUGCCCGCGGAGGCUGAUAUGUUGAUAUUACAUAGCUCAUACAUCGGCAAGCCAUCACAUAGACAUGAAUUAGAUGGAUCUUGGUUCAUCCAAUCUCUUUGCAAAAAGAUAAACGAACUCUGGGCUACUGAAGAUUUGGAGUCAAUAAUGACUGCAGUGAAACGAGACGUAGCGAUCGAACACUAUCACGAAGAAUACAAUAAAAGGACGAGACAGCUCGAGAUAAAUAAACAAAUGCCGGUAACCACGUCGACUCUUAUCAGGAAAUUGUAUCUGAAGAGUUCCAGGGAUAAACCUUCUGUUCCUUUGCCGCAACCUCGAGUAGAAUCCACAAACUUUCCUGAUAAUAGUGUACUUGAUAAUACAGUACCGAGUACACCUAUUUUAAUACAAUUCGGCCCGUGUUCCUGUUUUCUUGAACAUUACGAGUAUAUGAUGCAGUGCUUGAAGUAAGUUAAAUUUUUGGCAUUUAAAGGAGAUUGCCCAUCGACAUAUGGAAUUUGGUUUCACUUUUGUCUCUAUUUUGUAGGAAAUAUGAAAAAAGGGCCAUUUUAUUAAGAUUUACUACUGGUA